ACAACAAUGUAAGGGUUGAUAUGGUCAGGAUUAUCCUGAUGCUAGAGCGCCUUAAAAACUGUUUGCCAUUACCAUGUUUUUCAAAGAGUACGAAUAAAGAAAAAACUAGCAACAUUUCGCCAAAAACGAGCAGUGCAAGUAUCAGAAAAUACAUGAGAAUUAUGCUUGUCAUGAAAAAUUAGCAAUGGUAGGAGGGCUGAGUGGAGUCCAAUUCGGUCUGUAAUCAUACGAGUGAUUAACAAAAUCGGACGACAUAAUAUGCUACUUUCACCUCUGAGCACAAUCUAUAAAAGCCUACAAAGGCAGUAGGCAACAUAGUACGUGACUGAGAGAGUUGUGUUGUGUGAGUCUAGAAUAUUCUUGCAUACCUCAGAUCAGAAUACCAUUAUAUUAGGCUUUCUGAUCGUGUCAGUUGUGGCGCUCAUGGCAUAGAUGUCGUGUCUAUCAACACCCUUCUGGUUAGUUAUAGUAUAGUAGUUGACCGGAUUGCGUGCUAUUUAUGUUCCGUCAGAUCAGCUUACUCCACGCAACUGAAAGUCUUUAAAUCCGGCCGUACUGUCUAGAAGGUGCAAAAACACCCUGCGGCAUUCGUGUCAGUUUUGUUAAACAAACUCGUGCUAUAUGUGUGUGUGUGGUUUUUUUUUUACUCGUGGGCUUCUCGGUUACAAUCUUUCAUCGAUAGUUAAGUAUAUCACUACACGUAUAUGGAGUCGAAUUUGGAUUACUCUAGAGAAGAGAAAUUGCCAAGCACAGUCAGUAAUUUAACAAAACCUCGCUUCAUCGAUCUAAGCAGGGCGAUCGAACUGUACCAGCAAAAUCCUUUUGAGCACAGGCCUCGCAGGGAGAGCAUCGUCGAUCAAUGCAAACAGUCUUUCGUUUAUGGUGAGUUCUUAAAAAGUGCUACUUGUUUUAACAUAGAAAUAUCUUCCAACUGUGAUUAUUCUAUGCAUGUCAGUGUGAUGAUGUAUUCAGCUGUGUAUUGUCCCGGUAAGAGUACAUUGCCGUGUCGAUUGUAAUGACCCUACAAAGUACACGGCAUUCCCCUCUACAAAUUCAGUCCAGAGUGCAGCUAGCUGCCGUAGAAUUUGGCCAGAUAGAAGACAGGGGCACCCAACGACGGUUUCCUCCAAAAGACAUUGAAAGCACUAUUUAGGCUAUGCAGAGUACUUUUAGAUCUCAGUCUAGAAAUGCACUCUAAGCGGCACUAAAGAAUUUGUGCCUGUUUGGUAAUUCUAGGGGAGCUUGAAUCUUUUCGAAACUACAAGGGCUUCAGUAUUAUUUUAACAAAAAUUUUAGUUGUAAUGAGACGUAUUACGAAAGAGAGAUUUUUUCUGAUUCCUCUCUCCAUCACAUUUUUGAAUCCCAAAAUUUAACGUUUUCUAUUUUCUACUAAAAUAGCCUAACGUGGGGAAUGAAAUGAGAGAAAUCAAACUUAUGACAAUCGUAGGGAAUUUAUUAGAUAAUUUGCUUCAAAAAUUGAACGUGAAUGGAGCGGUCAUCUAGAAAUUUUUAGCCGUCCUCAAACUAUAGAAAAUUCUAGGCAAUAUUUGCUUCUCCGAACAGAUAUUUUACAGAAAACAGUCGUUGGUUGCCCAUGAGAAGAGUGCUUCAUUACUGGGAAAUCCAGAACGACAGCAGUUUUAUUUUGGGAUAGGCUGGUCCUACUUCUGAUGUAAUACAUGUAUAAGAAGGAAACGUUUGGGGCUACAUUUACGGCACUGCCAGUUUUCACAGGUGUUUUAUGACUUCCUUACGAUGUAUAAUAAUUUCGUCGCAAUUUACAAUUUUUUUUAUCAUUACAUUGCAUUUGUUUGCUCUCCUGCUCCUCCCCAUAAAUCGCUUAGAUACGCUGAGUCAGGUUCACUUGCAAGAUUGCCCACUCCUGUAGGUGGUGUGGUGUACGUGUAAUCAUGCCCUCUCGAUGCAUGAUCACAGGGUAGUGGUAUGUUACCGCCCUGUUUUCAACAGAAUUGCGUCACUGUGGCUAUCCUCGGCUUUUAACGAAAGUGAAAUAAUGUUUCUUAAGGUUUAAUUUUUAGCGGUAUAAGUAAGAGCAAGAGUCCUAGAGAGAAGAGGAAAGAACACCUGUGAAGGUCGUAAGGCCGCCGUGGAAGAAUGGUUUUUGAAAAAACUUGGACCAAGAGGAAAUGCCAUAAAUUACCGGUGUUAUCUGCGUUUCCGUAUUGAGCAGGCUCUGAGAAAAUGAAAAAAAAGGAAGCCUGGAGAACGUCACAGACAUAGAGUACAGCAGACAUUUUUACGAAAACGUUAUCGUAUUAAGGAGAAUUCGACUAUCCAGCCAGAUCAGUUUAUUCCUAAAUGGCAUGCACAGCAGUGACGGGUUUUUAUUGUCAAAAAAAAAUCGAGAAAAGACUAAUACAUGUCUUUCAUUUUCGAAAUGACACCAGUCUGGCUUGGCAGUUCUGCCGGAAUUUUCAGUGGUAAGCGCAGUAAAAUUGCCUCUUAAGUACUUUUCUUGAAACAGGACAAUGGACUUAUCCGUAACGUUUACUUUGUAAUAAAACGCUUUCAUUGCGACUCGGCCAGGAGGACUAAAUGUUAGAUAGAAACUAUGAAAGGUCUCAGGUUUCACCGCCUCGGCUGGUUCAUGGACCACGCGCAGGUAACCAGUGUCCGGCUCGAAAGCGAGGCUGACGAUGAGAGUUUCUGACUCGGGUGCAGAAUAAUGCCCUUUGUCCGCAUAAACCGGGCUGAUUUUUGAGAAAACAUACGAGGUGUUGUUUUGGUCCAAAAAAAUUGCUUUUUUGCCAACCAAGUGAGUAAAAACGAUCUUCCCUAGAGGUACCUUUAGCUCAAGGACGGCGGCACGACAAUUGAUUUAGGAGACUACAAAGUCUCUUUUGUAGUGUUUUCUGGCUAUUGUUGCUUUUGCCACAAACAACCUUUGCCGAACCUGUGCCUUUGAAGAAUCCCAUAGCAAAGGACAGCGCCAACGGACGAGUUUCCGAAGCGAAAGUUACCUCCCAUCGCAUCUCCGCCGGUUUUUGUCAAAGAGUGGACAAUGGAAACCAGUCGUUUAAACGUGUUGUUCGAUGAAGAACUUACUUAACCGUUACACGACAAGUGUUUAGGAACCGUCAUCAUAAAGUGAAUUUUUGUGACCUUAAUUCUUUCGAGUGCCUUUGCACUGACGUCGUUGAUUACAUAUGCUUAUUUUAAAAACCACUCAUGCUUUGUUCAUUGUCUUCUUUGUUCAUCGCCCUUUCAACUUUCUGUUUACUAAAGAAUACUUAAAACAACCAAUUAGUUGCGUCGGUUCAUUAAGCAGACUGGCUUACAUUACUAAAAUUAUUCUAUUGAUCAUGUCACAACAGAACAUUGCCGCGGUUUUGUGAGCACGUCCAGUGAUUUUCUGAGACCUUUUCAGUGAUUCAAAAUUAGACUGUAAUUUAUGGCAUUGUUUGAAUGUUUAUUUAGCUGCUAAUUCAACAACAAUGACUACGAAUUUUACCAUAAUCAAGCCACGAGGUCAAUAUAAGCUCUUGCGUUUUGGUGGAAAAUACUGUAAAGCGAUUAGUUUUCAUAAUGGAUGGAAGUUUGAUUGCAUCUUGUCAUCGAUUGUGAGCCGAUCGGAUUUGUGUCUUCGACAACAUCUGAGAAGAAAAGCUUACUGGCUGCGCUUGAUCUAUUCUUGUGUUGCCCUUCGUUAACGUUUAAUAGCGCGAGGUUAAGUGGUUCAAAGGCUUCGAUAUUUCCUGCUUAUGAUGAUGUCACUUUCUUACGCCUUUACGCUUCACUGUAUUUAAAAACUUCAGGAUUUUUCUUCACAGAAGGUAUGACAUCCUUUUUCCGUCACUGGGACGAAAAUCAUGGCAGGGAUUUAGGUAACUAAUUUAAUACGGUCUGUUGGGGACAUCUGUGGGAUUUGUUACCCAAGAGAAACGUGACGAUGAGGGAAAAACUUAAAAAAAAUUUUGCAUUCACAAACGUGCUUUAGUGGGUUAAAAGUGCAUACCAAACACCGACUGGAAGUGCUUUGCGAUAUACGUUUUCGCCGUUUGUUAAAUUAACAUGUAGUGUGGUUUCUUGGUCGUAGUCGGGUAUUUUUCAUUUUGACGUUUUCAUUUCUCGACAGAUCAGUUAUUCGUCCAUGGUUCAAGUUAUGUAAGGCAACUAGGGCUCUGAUUUUCUGUUCCUUAAAUAAUACACACAAUUGAUCUUACAAGAUUCGGCGUAUUUUGAAAGGGUUACACCGAUAAAACUGUAGUGCUUCGUAGGUUGACGGUGAAAAAUAAGAACCUUUUAGGUGUUUAACUCAGUGUCGGGUUGAUAUCCUGAUAUCCGAAGGAGCUGAACUGUAAAGACUAAAAAAGAUGCUAUUAAGAGCCCAAAUUGUCGUGGCUAGGGCAAAUUUAAUGAGAUUCUUUUAAUAACAGAAUAAGAAGAACCGCGACGCCUUCGGUAGCCAUGAUAUGCAUGCAAAGUAAUAAUUCUGCACCUGUUUGAAUGUAGCAUAUUUUAACACUUCUAUAAGUAGAACCCGUCAAGCAAUGAAAUCCCACUCUAUCAGCUUAAAUGUAUAGCGAUCGAAGAGCUAGCCAGCUUUCCAAACCGCGUCAAUCACGAUUUCUGACGAUUGAAUACAAACAAGACCUACGAAAACACUUUUUUAUAAGCCAUGGUAUGGUUUGCUAAUUAACUUUUACAGAAGCGACAGUUGCAAAACUACAUGUAUAACAAAGUGAAAUCCGCCACAUUUGGUAAUUAUUUUUUCUACCGUCAAAGCAAUUUAGCCAUUUAAUUGUGCAUCUCCGAUGUACAUAAGAAACUCAGGCCUCAUCAGUCGGGCCGAUAAAGGCCGAUUAUUAUCGUACAUCCCUUCUAUGUGAGGGUCUCGGCAUUCGGAGGUCAUCUCGACAUUUCUUCGGAUUAGUGUGUUCUUUCUCGUAAUGUUAAUAUUUCCUUUCCUGCUCUAUUUAAGUUAUUGCAGGAAGUUUUCCAGGAGACAUAAAAUCCGGCGGCGAGAUGAAAAUAGGCAUUAUGGAGCUGCGAAAUCUACAGCUAUUUUCUGCAAAUUCCCGAGUAGUUUAGUGUACCGGAGAAAAAAAAGAAAAGAAAAGAAAAAAAUGAUGAAUUGUUCCGGUACCUUAAAUAGCAACAGAAUGCUCUAUGAUCCCAGCCUAUCACUGAGAGUAUCGAAGUACUGGCCACAGUCGAAUCUUCGGUGUCGCGAGUACACACUUACAGUUGUAUGGCUUAUGACAGCCACUUAAUAGACACUCGCACCUCUACAGGAAUCUACACCCAUAAUUGGCUAUAAUAAAGGUGUCGGUGUCCAUUAUAGAAAAUUCAUGAAAACGUGCUUAAGUCUUACAGGGCUGUUAAAACCUUUCACACCGGAUGUGUUGGUGCCGAGCUGUUAAAUACUCUGUAGGAGAGAUUUCCCUUUUCUAAUGAGAUCAAAACUACACACAUUACGCAUCUGUAUCUUGUAUCACCCACUUGUAGCAGCAUUUAGCAUGUCACGCCCUCUCCACCCACGUAACUCAGUAGGGACCGGUGCUUAAAAGUAGUCUGGGCUACACAACCGUGAAUUGUGUCGUCACCCAACGCUACUCCCCUCAAAGAGAAGCGUUGCGUGAAGAGUACAGGGAGAGCGGCUGUGGAGCAGACCAAGCGCUUAGUAGCCAUUUCUCGUUUUUAAACUCGAUCUUAUGUUGAUGCCAAGUUUUAGAAAAUUAUUUGACUGCAUUGUUUUUACCUCAAGAAUAAAUUUUCCCUUGUUGUAAAGUUACAUAUCUUUUUUAAAUCAAGUUCUGCUCUUUAUUAAGUUUUAAGUCUGAGGACAUUAACGAGCACUAUUGGUUAAGCAUGAAAUGAUUGGUAUAUCAACGCGAAUUUAAGUUUUUUUCUUCUUGCAUUCUUUUCAGAACCAGCAACACAAAGCUCUUUGCCUGAAAGAGGAAUGAAUUUCGCGGAAAAUCCUGUCGUGGAGAACACAUUCUCUCUGCCUCGGGAUGUUUUUGAGCGACUUUGGUCGUCGCAACAAAGUGUAUCAGAUACCAGUUCUACGUCAACAAGCUAUACAAGAAAUCCAGCUUCUGCAAAUACCACUGGCCAAUGCCGUCGCCUUUCCGGUGGUUUAAACGUUACCGAGCUAACCGGAACUGAAGCUCAACGACCUCGUUUGUCAGUCUCAGAACAAGCCCUUACCCAGAGGGAACAUCUCCAAAGGGAACAGCAAAAACAGCUCAAGCUGCAGCUCAUUAUGCAAAAGCUUGAAAACACUAGAGAAAAAGUUCAGAGGCUGCUUCAACUACAGAAAGCGCGAGGACGUUUAGACAAAUACCGCCAUAACUCGGCAGAAAAAUCAAUUGAUUUGGAAAGUUUUCAGCGUCGUUAUGUUCUUUUGAAACGAAGAGCUAACGCUCUCAACAGUCUACGCAGAAGUAUACAGCACAAGGUCCCAAUACCCGCCGUGCAAUCUCAAUUUCAAGGAUCCCGAUGCGUGCCUGGGAUCAACCUUGUUACCAGUGGAGUUUGGUCAAAAGAGCAGAGAUCGGGAUAUUCUUAUGACUCUUUCGACUCUGCUGGGUUAGCCUUGGACCAUGGGACAUAUCCCAGAAUUGUCGCUGUUCACUGUGUCAUGGACAGAGCAGCUGUUAAAGCUGUACAUCAACCUUACCAGCAAAAAGACAAACCUCCUUAUGCAAGUGUUUCACAAAAAUCUGAUUGUGGGUACAAUAAAAAUGACUUUCAGAAAAACGGAACGUUUUCACGUUUAAGGAACGAAAGCAGUUCCUUAGUCGAAAAUUUCAGAACUUGCGAAGGCGACGAAGUGGUCUUGACAAAAGUUAUUCCUGGAAAAAGCCGUCUCUCUACAGGUGCACUGUCUUAUAAGGAAAGAAAACAGCAUGAGAAAGUAAACUUAGCGAACUGCAGCCAACGAGCAAGGGACAACAACAAACAUUUAUUAGAAAAUGUGGCCGUCCCAGACGAUGCCAGCCAUCUUAAGGAUAGGCAGGAAACUUUUGUUCGCCGAGUAGACAUUGGUCAACUGACAACUGUUAGUCAUCCAGAACACGUGGUAAUUGCCGAGGAACAUACGAGACAUGUUAAACAAUCAGGAAAUGUUGAUAAUCAGGUUUCUAAAGACUAUGCUCCAACAAAGCAAGCUGAACUCAGUAAACAACAGCAACAUAGCCUUGCGUUAGAGCCGCAUUCAGAGAAUGCUGAUGCAGAUAUGUACUUGGGUGGUCCCCCACCCUAUCUUCCUGUUCUUGACAAGACAGGAAUGAUGGAACGAGAGAACGAAGUGAAUCAAGAACGCCCUGUCAGCACUGCCUCGUCAGCCCCCAAACUGGCCAAGACAGUACUGGAAAUCAGCGAGAAAAUCGUCCAGACGAGGGAAAGAAUCAAGAACGAGACAAUCGAUUGGAAGAAAUGCGUUCUUUUUAAACUCGAAAAGCGUUUGAUUAAAAAACUAAGGCGAGCUGAACGUUUAACUGGACAGAGAACCGAGAUCGAGAACCUGCGAGACGAGGUCCCAGGGCCAGUGACCAACGGCAAAAAGGGCAAAGUUCAAGGUCAACGGAAAAGAAGCAGUCGCAAAGAAAGCCAACCUGAUAGCGCAUGCGCAACGGAUGGCGACGCAGAUAAAAGUCAAGGUCAAGAAAGAAGCCUGAGUCGGCAGUGCAGUAUGAGUGAUAGCGUGACAGAUGAUGAAACCGGUGAUUGUCAAGGACGGGAGAAAAGGAGUAGCGUAUCGGAUAUCGUAUGCGAAAGUGAGCAAAUGAAGAACAGUCAACUUGAUAGCGUGACAGAAUGCGUGACGGAAGAGAAUGAGAAACGGCCUGCGUGCUCCCAGAGUCAGGAGAUAGAGGGGCAUUUGGACAAGAAGCCAAUAGAGUACCCACAAAUGAAAAAAAUGGAAGAAAACCCCACAUUUGAAAACAAAAUGCAAUGCAAUUACUCGACUCAAAAAUACAGCAAUGACCAAAAUGAUAAAAUAUCCUCUGCCCAGGAGAAGAACAUUGAACGUUGCAUCGGAAAAUAUGAGUUGGACCAUGGUGAAAGGUGCGACCCGGGUGUAAAAAAAAAGUCGGAAAAGAUUGAAAAUCAAGUGGACACAUGUAAGAAACACGGACAAGUCGACGGGAAAGCAACACUGAACACAAACAGCGAUUGCCUAACAGUAGAACUCUCACAGUCCGCUUCCUUGAGUAUGAAAAGAGAAAGCAGUUUCAUCGAUAACGAAAGCGCAAAGAGGCAAAAGACAGAAUCAUGUCACGAAAAAUCAGAAAAACAAUUGCCCCGUGACAAGGACAAGAAAGAGUGCGUGACUUUAAGGAGCGAAGCGAGGGAAGACCAUCAACCAAAGGAAAGAAAAAAUCUAUUUGACAUUUUUAAAUCUCGUUUCCAGGGCACUGAUACGCUUCCGAAUUCUUCAGUGUUAACAGCUGAAAAGAACUGUAAGUUUAACAAGAACGUUGUGGAACUCAUCAAGAGCGCGAAUGGCUUGAACAAAAAGCUGCAAAGUUGCGGAAAAGAAGAUCAUAAGUCAGUGUCUUUAAACUGCGAUAGAAAUAUAUGGUCAACUUUAAUGAAGGAUGGAAUUUUUUAAAACGUUGCGCUUAAUUCGUUUCAAGCGAUAUAUAUGCCAGUUGGUCUGGUUUAGGUGGUUUUUCGUGCUCUUUUGUCGCUCUUACAUAAAAAAGCUUCGCGAGAUUUCUAAUUUCUUUCGGUUUUGUACAGUGUAAUUAGUUUUUUUGUACAUCGGUAAAUUAACUUAUACUGAAGACGAAAGUCUCAUGCUUAAGUUUAAGCAGUAUUUUACUUCAGUUUCGAGUUCUUUACAUUAAUAUCGCAAAUCUAGGCUGUUAGAUAACGGUGUAUGUAUAAGUUAUUGCUGUCAUUUUCAACUUCGUCGUCAAAAAAUAUUCUUAUCAUAAACCUAAAGAGUUUUAUUUUGCAGUUUGACAACCAUAUUUUUGAUGCCUGUUGUAUUUGACAGCUAGACAUGCCGUAACUAAUAACGUAGCAUUCCACACCUGUUCCACGAACGUCUGCUGAACGAGCGGAUUAGAACAUAGAGCAAUCACCGCGCGGUGCGAGAAGGGUUGUCAGUAAAACGCGGGGUUAAGGGCGCGGCCGUGGUCUAUCUUUUUUUUAGAGAAUGCUGUUUUAGGGUUAGGGUUGGUGUCAACCCUAACCCUAACCCUA